CAGUAUAAUAGCUCUUCGCCUCAGGUUAAUUUCGACGGUUUGAUCUUUUAACUUAUUCUUUCACCUUUCUCUUCUUCUUCUUCUUCUUCUUCUCCUCUCCCCCCUCCUCCUACCCCUCCUCCCCUUCCUCUCCUUACUCUCCUUCCCCGGAAGUGGCAUUCACCAUGUCGUCACCGGAAGUCAAAGACAUCGAACACAGCUCUGGGUACCCGACGGACCCGGAGGCCUGGGACGCCGACCUCAAGGCGCCCGUCGAGGACCAGGAUCCCUUUGGUGCGGAGCAUGGCGAGGUGCAAUAUAAGACCUUGAAUUGGUGGCAAUCUGGCUUCUUGAUGAUUGCCGAAACCGUCUCGUUGGGUGUUCUGUCGCUGCCAUCCACCGUCGCUAUUGUCGGCCUCAUCCCGGCUAUCUUUCUCAUCGUCGGAUUGGGAGUUGUCGCGACUUACUCGGGUUAUGUGAUCGGCCAGUUCCGCGCGCGGUAUCCCUUCAUUCACAGCAUGGCCGAUGCGGGCGAGGUCCUGAUGGGCAAGCCCGGUCGCAUCUUCAUCGAGGUCGCCCAGCUGCUGUUCUUCAUGUUUGCCUCGGGCAGUCACUUGGUGACCUUUACCGUCAUGAUGAACACCCUGACCAACCACGGCACCUGCUCGGUGGUCUUUGGCGUCGUGGGCAUGGUCUUGUCCUUCAUAUGCUCCCUGCCCCGGACCAUGAAGAACGUCUCGUGGUUCGCCAUGACCUGCUUCGUCAGCAUCUUCUCCGCCGUGCUCAUCACCAUGAUCGGCGUCGCCAUCGAGCGCCCCUCGCACGCGCCGAUGCAACUGACGCGUCACGUCAGCUUCGUGGACGGCUUCUCCGCCGUGACCAACAUCGGCUUCGCCUACUGCGGCCACCCCGCCUUCUUCGGGUUUAUCGCCGAGAUGAAGAACCCCAAGGAUUUCCCCAAGUCGCUCUGCAUGCUGCAGGCCUUCGAGAUCGUGCUCUACACCGUCGCCUCGUGUGUGAUCUAUCGGUAUGCCGGCCAAGACGUCAAGUCGCCCGCCUUGGGGUCGGCCAGCCCGAUCGUCAGCAAGGUCGCGUACGGAGUAGCCAUCCCGACGAUUGUGGUGGCCGGUGUGGUGCUGGGUCAUGUGGCUAUCAAGAACGUCUACGUGCGUCUUUUCCGAGGCACCGAUGUCAUGCACAAGCGCAGUGCGCUGGGCGUUGGGGCUUGGAUCGGUCUGGCGGCCGCGUACUGGGUGAUUGCCUGGGUGAUUGCCGAGGCGAUUCCCGUGUUCAGCAAUUUGGUUAGCUUGGUGUGCGCCCUCUUCGCAAGUUGGUUCUCUUUCGGUCUGCCCGGCGUCUUCUGGCUGUACCUGUACCGGGGCCGCUACUUCACCUCGUGGCGCAAAACCCUCCUCACGCUGGCGAAUCUCGGCCUGUUCGGUAUCGGUGCGACGAUCUGCAUCUGUGGGCUCUGGGUGUCUGGCGAGGCCAUCCACAAUGAUGAUUCCGGGGGCAGUUUCUCCUGCGCGAAUAAUGCCUAGAUUGCGAUGAGCAUGAGCUGAGCAUGAGCUGAGCAUGAGCUGAGCAUGAGCUGAGCAUGAGCUGAGCAUGAGCAUGAGCAUGAGCAUGAGUAUGAGCAUGAUGCAUACUGGCGUUUGGUUUGCUUCGGUUUGGGUGCAUGGACUGCAUAUAUAGUGUUUCAUACAGACAUCAUUAAUAUACUAUUAUAC